AUGAUAGAGAACGGGGAGCACCUAGAUAAAAAGGCCAGGGUCGAAAAUGGCACCAGUCAAUGGGAAGGCCUAUACAAGCAGCGAUACAGCAUACCAGCAAAGGAACUGGAGCUGGUCAACGCUGUCAAGAUAUCCCCAGACAAUAAACUACUAGCGACAUGCACUUCGACAGGUCUUAUACACAUUUAUGACUAUGCCAACGGCACUCAUAAAACUACGCUACUGGGUCACAUCAAGGGUGUUUCAGAUAUCGCAUUUUCCCCAAUAGACAGCAGCAUCCUUGCGUCUUGCUCGGACGACUUGACGGUGAGAAUCUGGUCCAUCGCUAAAGCAGCUUGCAUUCGUAUAUUAAAAAAGCACACAUAUCAUGUCUCUGCAUUGUGCUUCAAUUCAAAGGGAAAUCUACUCGUCAGUGGAGCUGCUGAUGAGACGGUCGUCAUCUGGGACCUUACUACAGGAAGAAGUCUAAAGACGCUUGCCGCUCACUCAGACCCAGUAAGCUCAGUCUGUUUAACUCCAGACGACACAAUUAUCGUAAGUGCGUCAUAUGAUGGUCUUAUGCGUCUCUUUGACCUUGAAUCUGGCCAGUGUCUCAAAACACUAGUGUACAAUAGCUCCUCCCACGGUACUGCCACUGCCUCCACCAACGAUGUGGUGAAUUUUCCCAUCUCCAACGUGCAAAUAACGCCGAAUGGCAAGUACAUUCUUAGUACUAGUUUGGACGGCAAGAUCAGACUAUGGGACUACAUGAACAAUAAAGUUGUCAAGACCUACACGUCUAAUGAUACACUGGCAACAAUCUGUGAAAAAUACAAUUGCAGCACAGCAUUUAUCACUGCUACCGAAGAACCUCUCGUCGCUUCGGGCAGCGAUAAUUCUGGUGUUUUAUUCUGGAGUGUUCAAAGCAAAUGCAUCGUUUAUCAACUACAACCUGGUUCGACGAUUCUCGGUCUUGACUCCAACGAGAAUGGCAGCGAACUAGUAACUUGUUCCCUUCAAGGUGAUGUGCAUGUGUACGAUCUCGAACCACAAUACUUGAGCCUUAAUGGCAACGGGCAUCAUGAAACAUCCUCCGGGCCUUCCUCUCCUGAAUCAGAGCUUUCACAAGAUGAAUUGAAUGGCGAAGAGCAGGAAGGAAUGGAGCUGGAAUCGGAGCAAGAAAAAAUUGAAGAGGAGAGAGAAGCGGCCUGA